GUACUUCCUUCCUCGCUUUCAAACCAAACCAAAACCAAUCUUUCUCCGUAAUCCAAAGCAUGUUCGAUGUUUUACCAGCAGACAUAACCGCCGACAUCUCCGAAGGUUACUUCUUUAUUAAAAAGAACUGUUCUUGUCUUACCACAACUCAUCAAUACACAACAAACACAACAUUCACAAUCAGACAAAACGUUGGAUAUGUUUACAAUGUUGUUGUCUCUGCUUACUCUGGUCUUGCGUUUCCACCGAAUACGAAAAGAGCAGCUCGUGCUGGUUCGGUUGUUUCUGUUCAGCUUCUUUGUGGUUGCUCUAGUGGUCUCUGGAACUAUCUUAUGAGUUACGUUGCAGUGGAUGGAGAUAGUGUACAAUCUCUCUCGAGUAGAUUUGGUGUUAGUAUGGAUCGAAUUGAAGAAGUUAAUGGGAUCUUGAAUCUUGAUAAUAUCACAGCUGGUGAUGUCUUAUUCAUCCCCCUUGAUUCCGUACCUGGAGAGCCUUAUGAGACAAGUAAGAUAAAUCCACCAACACCUUCUCCUGCACCUGCAUCAUCAUUAGCUAAUGGCAAUCUCUCAGAUGAUCAGGUGAAUCACACUGCAAAGAGUGGUAGUCAUGUGCCUUAUAUAUGGAUUGUUGGUGGUCUUGGAGUUGUGCUUGCGCUUCUUGUUCUGUGUAUACUUGUAUGUAUCUGUUUGAGAUCAUCUAGUUGCAGUUCCAGUGAGGAAGAUGGUAAUGGACACAACUUCCAAAUCCUUAGAAAAUCCGGUUUCUUUUGCGGUUCUGGUCGGUAUAACUGCUGCAGAUCCGGGGAUUUUAGACAAACCAAUGGUGAAAAUCAGAGUCAUCAUCAAGUUGUUGCUAUUCCUAAAGCUCUUGGUGAUGGAAUGUUUGAGAUAGAGAAGCCUAUGGUGUUUACUUAUGAAGAAAUUCGUGCGGCUACGGAUGAGUUUUCGGAUUCUAAUCUUCUUGGUCAUGGAAAUUAUGGUUCAGUAUACUUUGGUCUACUUAGGGAACAGGAAGUUGCUGUCAAAAGAAUGACUGCUACAAAAACUAAAGAGUUUGCAGCAGAGAUGAAAGUGCUUUGCAAAGUUCAUCAUUCCAAUCUGGUAGAAUUGAUUGGUUACGCUGCAACCGUUGAUGAGCUUUUCGUAGUGUAUGAAUAUGUCCAAAAGGGAAUGCUGAAAAGCCAUUUGCAUGAUCCUCAGAGCAAAGGCAAUACCCCACUGUCUUGGAUAAUGAGGAAUCAGAUUGCACUUGAUGCAGCAAGAGGCUUGGAAUAUAUUCAUGAACAUACUAAAACUCAUUAUGUUCACCGAGAUAUCAAAACAAGCAACAUUUUGCUUGACGAGGCAUUUAGAGGAAAGAUAUCGGAUUUUGGACUUGCAAAACUGGUUGAGAAAACUGGAGAGGGAGAAAUAUCAGUUACUAAAGUUGUUGGUACAUAUGGUUAUCUUGCACCAGAAUAUCUUAGCGACGGUCUUGCCACCUCGAAAAGUGAUGUUUAUGCCUUUGGUGUUGUUCUUUUCGAAAUUAUAUCCGGAAGAGAAGCUGUUAUAAGAACGGAGGCGAUGGGAACUAAGAAUCCAGAAAGACGUCCAUUGGCAUCUAUUAUGUUAGCAGCGCUAAAGAACUCACCAGACUCUAUGAAUAUGUCAAGCUUGAAGGAGUUUGUUGACCCCAACAUGAUGGAUUUAUACCCGCACGACUGUUUGUUCAAGAUUGCUAUGUUGGCAAAGCAAUGCGUUGAUGAUGAUCCGAUUCUAAGACCAAACAUGAAGCAAGUGGUUAUAUCGCUCUCGCAGAUACUCUUGUCUUCCAUUGAAUGGGAAGCAACACUUGCUGGAAACAGCCAAGUCUUUAGUGGUCUUGUCCAAGGAAGAUAAAAACUGAAAUCUUAAAACUAUUACUUUAUUUUCGAUUAUUUGUCAUUGCCUAGAAGUAGAAGCUUGGUUUGUCUAGAGAUAUGAUCGAUCGCAGUCUAACUAAGUAGUUAGUUACAGAGACUAAUCUCUAUAUGAUUAUUCUUUUGGAGAAUCAAAUGAAGAGAUUUAUGAGUU